UGCUUGAUGUGUAGUUCUUAGUCUGCUCGAAGUGUAGUGAUGAGAAUGCAAGAAUGAGCUUCUGGAAGAAUAAGUUACAUAUACUUCUUUGAUUUGUUUUUUUGCCUCCGUUUCGAUAAGAUCAUUUCAAAGCAUUUACUUUGGCAUUUCCUCACUCGUAUUCUGGUGCAAAUGUCACCGUUUUUCAGCAGACUUAAGUCAAGAUGUUGGAUCAGUUUAAGAUUUUAAGAGUAGGUUUGAGAGAUGCCUUAGAUGUAAAUGUAUGGAAGCUUGUUGCAAAGUUAAUUGGGAUUACAUAUAAAAGUAGGAUGCCAAGCGAUUUUACAAAGGAAACCCUGCACGUCACCAAAUUUAUCUCGAUUAAUCACGCCUAAAGUCCCUCAUAAAAAGUUCCUUAGAACAGGGCUUCUGAUAUUUCGCGGAAAAAAAGGCAAAAUUCCGCGGGAUUUUCAGGGGCAAAUUCGCGGAAAAAUCGGCCGAUUUCGCGGGAUUUUCGCGGGAAAAAAGUCAAAAUUUGCGGAACAAUCGGCCAAUUUCGGGCGAUUUUCGCGGGAGAAAAGUCAAAAUUCGCAGAAAAAUCGGCCCAUUUCGCGGGAUUUUGGCGGAAAAAAGUCAAUUUUCAAAGGAUUUUCAGGGGCAAAUUCUUAGGAAAAUCGGCCGAUUUCACGGGAAAUUUCGGGGGGAAACUUCGCCAAGAAAAAAACAGCCGAUUUCACUGGGGUUUUUUUGGCAAAUUUCGCUAAAAUUGAUCAAUUUUGCGUCGAUAUGACCAGCGUUGGUGAACGUUUUUUUUAACAGGGAUAAUCAUUUGCUCUUUCAACAACAGUUCGCUCGAGACGAGAAAUGAGCGAAUGUUAAAGCUAUUUUAAUAGCUUUAACUAACCAUAAUGUUAAACAUUAUGGUUAGUGCCCAGUUUUUCGCAAUGUUCAUCUAAAAACGCCUGGUAGUUUUGGGACGUUGUUUAAUCGUUGCAGUGACGAGGUUUCAAGCUAAAUUUGGACGUUUGGGGUGAAUAAAACCGGUCUAAUAGCCAAGAUAAGUAUUAAAUAUGUUUUGCCGACAUGUAUUUGGAAAUAUUUCUGGCGGAUUUCGCGGUAUUUCGCGUUUUUUUGGGAAUUUCGCGGGUCCGCGACCGUGCGAAAUAUCAGAAGCCCUGUUAGAAUGAGCGACUAUCAAGCUUCUUCAAACUCGAGAAUUUGUUUUGUUUUGUUUUUUACGACAAUGCACCACAAAGCAAAGCUGUCACAGUGAAGAACAAAUUAAGAAAAAUCUGUUUCUUCCUGACGUGUCCAAGCUGACGCAGACACUUGUCAGUGCUGACACGUACCCUCGUCCGAGCUGAUGUGUCGAUUGUGUCAGUUUUGUGUCUGCUUUGUUCGCUUAGUUCUGGCCUGUACUGUACCACCAACAGAAGCGUUACAAACACAUCCUACCCUACUAUGUAGGAAAUCUAUGAUUAAUUUUGUAGUAUACAGUUGCAUAGUAAUUGUUGUAACACUUAAAACCCUUUGUCCUGUAGGCAGAAAGCUCAUUGUAACUAUGACCAUAAAGAAUGUUACACUGAGUGAUGACAGUACGUUUGGUGCACUGGGAAGGUAUGAGUGUCAUGCUUUUGCGAAAGGAGACCCUUUAGAGAGGAGACAUGGAUUUAGUGUCAAUGUCAUUUCAAGUAAGUACACCUACAUUGUAUAAUUAUCUUGUUUUAGGAACAUGCUUUUGUGUAUCAUCAUUUUAUAUUGUACAUUGUUCAUCGUUCAUUGUAAACAAGAACGCGCUUACAGUGGCAUUCAGGUCUCGCCUGCUUAGAAAAAAUAAUGAGGAGGCGAUUAAUUCUACAAGAAACAUGGUAAUAAAUAAUAAUGAAUUUUAUUAAGGUAUUAGAUCUGCUAUAAACCCUUCCAUUUGCAAAAAUUAUUUCUCAAAUGAUUAAGAACUUUGCAAAAUAAAAAUUACACAGGCCUAUCAAGCGAGAGCUGAGCUUUCAGAAAAUUGAUACAUGUAUGCAAGGUGUCAAUUUUCACACCUAAGGUGUUAUUUCCGAUUUAUAUUGCAGGCUCAAAAAUUCAAUAAUUCCGUAUUUCUGGCUUUCUCUUGACAGCUAGGAAUAACAAGAAAAUCAGGACUGACUUAUACGUAGUUUGUUCAUUUACCUUUAAAUUCCCGGCAGGAGCCAGUAAAUGUUUCCUAAGAUAAUUAUACAGGUACAUGUACAAUCAGAUCAGUGUCACAACAAACAUUAAGAACAGCAGUUUACUCGUAAGAAUUCAAGAUGGUGACGAAGAAAACAGUGCAGCGCGACCAAAAUUAAGGGCGAAUUAAGGGCAAUUUUGUGGCUGUGUUGGACGCACUGAAAACAAAUCGAUGUAAAAAGAUGACGAUUUAUAAUACCGUGCUGAAACUUGCCAGGUUUAUUCACAUGAUGUAAAGGAAAAAUGCACUGAAUUCCUGGCAAUUCCCGGAAUAUUUUGGAAUUUUUGUGGUGGCCUGAAGUUACGGACA